UAAGGCUUUAGACAAUUUCUGAACUUUGAACUUCUGUACAUUAUAUUUUUUUGCUAUGGACCCUCCAUUUGCAGUUCGGAUUGUGACAGCUGAUUUUUAUAUGGCCAAGCCAGUGUCAGGGUUUGAUGUUGGUUAUUCAGACUUCCGCUGCAGUCCAGUCCGUCAUGUGCCAGUCAUCCGCAUUUAUGGUGCGACUCCUGCAGGACAACGAACGUGUCUGCACAUCCAUGGCGUUUUUCCAUACGUCUAUGUUUCUUGUGAGGACGUGUGGCAGACCAGCUCAGAGUUUAUGCAUCAUUUAUCCUCGAGUGUGGACCGAGCUCUGCAUCUCUGUCUCGAUCGUGGCACUAGAACCCCAGAACAUGCAGUAUAUAAAAUUGUUCCAGUGUCUGGGAUACCAUUCUAUGGGUACCAUGAAGAAGAGAAACUCUUUCUGAAGAUAUAUUUAUACAACCCUUUCAUGACAACUAGGGUGGUUAAAUUGCUUCAAAGUGGUGCAGUUAUGAAUCGGCCAUUUCAACCCCAUGAAGCUCAUAUUCCUUAUUUAUUACAAUUUUUUAUUGAUUACAAUUUGUACGGUAUGAGCUUUAUCGAACUAGCAAUUGUCAAGUUUCGCUUGCCUCUGACACCAGGGUCUGACCAGUUUUGUAGUGCGUCGUUGUUUUCAUCUGAUGAUAAGUCUUCCGAGCUAGACAGCCAAAGGAGACAAGUGUGGCGAGAGGCAAAUGUUUCAAAGGAAAUAAUUCUUCCUGCCAACGUGUCUCGGCAGAGUGUUUGUGAAUUAGAGGUUGAUGCUGUAGCUGCAGACAUUCUCAACAGGAGGAAGAUUGGUAGAGGGACUCUGGCAAAUCCAGGUCUGGCAGCCGUUUGGGAGGAUGAGCGUCAACGAAGAAAACAGAAGGGAGAAUCAUCACAAAUAUCACAUCCAUUGUCUCUUGAACGAAAGUUGAUUGAAGAUUUUGAAAUCGAAAGCAAUUGGAAGAAAAAGUUGCAUCAGAUAAUUGAGCGACAUAUGGAGCAAAUAGUAAAUGAUCCAUGUAGAAAAACAGAAACUGCUGAUGCUGUCAGAAACGAAGACAGCUUUUCACUGAGUUGCGCUUCGCAAGUGGAAAAUCACUUGUCUCAGAUAAACCAAGAAUUGAUGGGCAGUGACAGUGUGAUGUACGAAGAGGAGGGGAUCGUAGAUGAAGAAGUGAUUCAGCAAGUCUUAGAGAUAAGUCAAAGUCAACCAGCUUAUUCACAAAGGGUUGAUUCUGAAACCGUCAGGCUGUUGGCUAACUUGGAUCAGUUGCAACAAGUCAGUCAGUCGGGCAGUCAAUCUCCGGCAAAUGAAUCUGAUAUAAUAGAUGGGUCUUUUCCAAUUGAUCAGUCAUGGGAAAGCAGCUUGAAUUUCAGUCAAAUGCAACAUAACCUUAGUCAGAUGGUGAAGAAUAGCGCUCGUGUGUUGAGUCAAACAACAUCUGAGAGUGGGUUGGCAUCUGUGAACAGGACAAUUGAAUCACAUUGUAUUGAAGAACUGUUGGGCUGUGGUGCACAUAUUGAUGAUGAGCAAGAGCUCUCAGACUUGGUGAAUGCUGUUGUUGAGGAAGAAGCUGAAAGUUUAGCUAUGUCACAGUGCGGUACCUGGAUCGACAAGAUUGAAGAGAACAAAACGUGCAGUUUGCAAUUCUAG